GCCCUGAACCAGAAGUGCGAUCGGCAGAACAUGAGCCUGAAAAAGACGAUCGCCUGGGGCGCCGAAGUCAUGGACAACCUGAUCGAGGUCGGCCUGCGCGCGCUGGGCCGGGGUUGCGAGCUCAGCCUCGAGCCGCCCGCGAAAGCCACCAGCUGGAAGACCGCCCAGUCACUGAUGAACUUCCGGGAGCAGCUGUGCGAGGUUACCGCGGCCGGAUGUGCAUGGGGCAUGCGGGGCCGCGAGCCGGGCCAGGCCGCGUGCAACAAUUGGAGGUCCCCGGUGCCCAACCAGCGGGCAGCAGAGGUCCUGGGGCGGAAGUGUCCUCGAGAUCACGAGCGCCGCCAGCUGGAUGGGUCGAAGCGGGCGGCAGACUCUGCCAGGUACCCAGAGGCGCUGUGCCGAGCACUCAGCCGGGAGGUGCUGGUCCGCGCUUUAGUGACUGGGAUCACCGCUGGCGCGAGCGAGAUCGAGGGCGCGCCGAGGGAGCUGACCCAGGGUCACCCCGAACAGGCCGAGGCCAUGACCAUCAAGAAUGACGCCGAGACGGAGGGCCCGACGGGCGAGUUGAGGAAGUCGGUGCGUCUCAAGCUACAUCGACUACACUCGCAGUUGGGACAUCCUGGAGCUCGAGCAUUCAAGGAGUUCCUUCUCCCG